GCGCAGCCUGCUGGGAAGCGUAGUUUCCGGCAGGGUGCGACAGGCAGGCCUGAGAGGGCGGUGCGCGCAGCUGAGAGCCCGCCUGCUGGAGUAAGGAGCGCUAGGUCGCACCUGGGGGGUCGCAGCGCCGGUGCCAUGUCCUACUGCCGGCAGGAAGGGAAAGACCGGAUAAUAUUUGUGACCAAAGAAGACCACGAGACUCCUAGCAGUGCAGAGCUGGUAGCUGAUGACCCCAACGACCCUUAUGAGGAGCAUGGGCUGAUACUGCCAAAUGGAGACAUUAACUGGAACUGCCCUUGCCUGGGGGGAAUGGCCAGUGGCCCCUGUGGAGAACAGUUCAAGUCGGCCUUUUCCUGCUUCCACUAUAGCACAGAGGACAUCAAGGGGUCGGACUGUGUAGAGCAGUUUCGGGCCAUGCAGGAAUGCAUGCAGAAGUACCCUGACCUGUAUCCCCAAGAAGAUGAGGAGGAGGAAGAGAAGCCAGCAGAGCAUGCAGAGGGAACGGCUCCUACUGAGGCCACUGCUACCAAAGAAGAGGCGGCAUCCAGCUAAUACAGGCCAUUGUUCAGGCUCCCAUCCUCCCACUCCAGAGCGAUGUGGACCUUUUGCGAAAUGCCUUUUAGUUACUCCUUGAGAAAGUGUCUGUGCACUGUAAUGUAUAAAAUAAUUUAUUUUGAUGAUCAGGGUCUUAGCCCCUUGGCAGACACACUGUGUGUGUACGUGUGCGUGUGUGUGUCCGUCCUGCAUAAACCUGUCAGCCAGUGUAGCUGCCACUUUUGAUUUCUCUCUCUCAGAUUGCCCUGAAUUUUGCCACUCAGAAAUAAUGUGUUGAAUGUUCUCAGCUAUAGAAAAUCAUUAUCCAGGAAUGUUUCUUAUGAGUGAGUUGAUUUGUUCUGAUGUAUAUCUCUUUCUGUAGCUUUCAUACCUCUGAGAAGUUAAAUAGAAGCAGCAACAUCUUCCUUUAAAACGCUGGUGGGGCCAUUCCUCAUAGAAGAGGCCAGGUGGUCAAGACCGCCGUGCCCUUGCAUAUAGGGUUCUGGACUUCAUUCCUCAUUUACUUGGUUUCCAUUCACUUUGAGCUCAGUUUUCUAGUCGGAAAGUGGAGGUUUAGACCCUCUAAUUUCUGUCCCUUUCUAUGUGAAAGGAAAGGCUGGUUUUUGCUGUUCUUGUUUUAUUGUUCCAAGAGCCCUGGAUUGGGGUUUGUAUUCAUUCACACUGGCUCUCAGUCUGGUCAGAUGUAAUGUUCUCAGAGGUGGGGACCUGAUUAUUACCAGAGUAACAGCCAAGAGAGGAAACUGUGAAUUUAAUGACUCAAUUAAAAG